AAAUUAAAAAUUUCCAUCUCCAUUUGCACCAGCACUCUUUCUCUCUCAAGCCAAAACCCUAGAACCCCAAAUCGCCCCACCAUGCCGCGCCACAGAGACGAAGACGAAGACGAAGACGACAUGGAGCCGGAGGAGGACGAGUACGACCCCGACCAAGGCCUAAUCGACGAAGACGAGGAGGAGGAGGAGGAGGAGCCACGCGGCAAGGGACGAGAGAGGUCCAGCCAGAAGCGGAGGAGGUCGAGCUAUAUUGACGACGUGGCGGAGGAGGACGACGAGGAGGAAGAGGACGACGACGACGACGAGGAGUACGGCGCGUAUACCGGUGGGAGCCGUAGUAAGAAGCAGAAGAGGAAGAAGCCUUCCGGUGCGCAGUUUCUUGAUAUCGAAGCGGAGGUCGAUUCGGAUGAGGAGGAAGAGGAGGAUGAGGGCGACGACGACUUUUUUGUUGAGACUGGAGCUGAUAUACCUGAGGAGGGCGAUGGUAGAAGGAUCCAUCAUCGCCCCCCAUCAAUUAUGGAGGACCAGGAGCAAGAAGAUGUUGAGGAUCUGGAAAGAAGAAUACAGGAAAGAUAUGCAAGGCAACAUCAUACAGAAUAUGCUGAGGAGACGACUGAUGUGGAUCAGCAAGCUCUUUUACCUUCUGUUUUGGACCCAAAGCUGUGGAUGGUGAAAUGUGCGAUUGGAAAAGAGCGAGAAGUAGCUGCUUGCCUAAUGCAGAAGUAUAUUGAUAAACCUGAAUUGAACAUCAGGUCUGCUAUUGCUCUUGACCACCUGAAGAACUUUAUAUAUGUUGAAGCUGAAAAAGAAGCCCAUGUGAGAGAGGCUUGCAAAGGAUUGCGCAAUAUAUUUCUCCAGAAAGUUGGUCUUGUUCCUAUUAGAGAAAUGACUGAUGUUCUUGCUGUUGAAAGCAAGGCAAUUGAAAUUUCUAGGGAUACUUGGGUCAGAAUGAAGAUUGGUAUAUAUAAAGGAGACCUUGCCAAGGUUGUCGAUGUGGAUAAUGUACGACAAAGAGUUACAGUUAAAUUAAUUCCAAGAAUUGAUUUACAAGCCCUUGCAAAUAAGCUGGAGGGCAGAGAAGUUGUGAAAAAGAAAGCAUUUGUUCCUCCACCACGUUUUAUGAAUAUAGAUGAGGCUAGAGAAUUGCAUAUUCGUGUUGAGCGAAAACGAGAUCAAAUGACGGGUGACUACUUUGAAACCAUUGAGAAAAUGAUGUUUAAAGAUGGUUUCUUGUAUAAAGUAGUUUCAAUGAAAUCAAUUAGUACUCAAAACAUACAUCCCACUUUUGAUGAACUGGAAAAGUUCCGGAAACCUGGGGAGAAUGGGGAGGGGGAUGUAGCCAGCUUGUCAACUUUAUUUUCAAACAGAAAGAAAGGACACUUUGUGAAGGGUGAUGCAGUCAUCAUCAUCAAGGGAGACCUAAAGAACUUGAAAGGGCGGGUGGAGAAAGUUGAGGAAGGGACCGUGCAUAUCAGACCUGAUAUGAAAGAUCUUCCGAAAACUCUUGCUGUAAAUGAAAAAGAACUGUGCAAGUAUUUUGAACCUGGGAAUCAUGUGAAGGUUGUAUCUGGGACUCAAGAAGGUGCAACUGGUAUGGUUGUCAAGGUUGAUAAUCAUGUGCUCAUCAUUUUAUCCGAUACAACUAAGGAACAUCUCCGUGUAUUUGCUGAUGACGUUGUGGAGAGUUCUGAAGUGACAUCUGGUAUUACCAAAAUUGGGGAGUACGAGCUUCAUGAUCUUGUGCUACUGGAUAAUAAUAGCUUUGGUGUAAUUAUACGUGUUGAAACUGAAGCCUGUCAGGUCCUUAAGGGAGUUCCUGAGAGACCUGAGGUUGCCCUUGUCAAAUUAAGAGAGAUCAAAUGCAAGAUUGACAAAAAGCUUAGUGUGCAAGAUUGUUAUAAAAACACAAUAUCUGUGAAAGACGUUGUGAGGGUCAUUGAUGGUCCUUCCAAGGGGAAACAAGGUCCCGUGGAACACAUAUACAGAGGAGUCUUAUUCAUUUAUGAUCGCCAUCACAUAGAGCAUGCAGGCUUUAUCUGUGUUAAGUCACUUUCUUGUCGUGUUGUGGGAGGAUCACGUGCCAAUGGUGAUAGAAAUGGUGACACCUACUCUAGAUUUGAUCAGCUUCGAGCUCCUCCUGCUAUUCCCCAGUCCCCAAGAAGGUUUGCUAGGGGAGGCCCUCCUAAUAAUUUUGGGGGAAGAAAUAGAGGAGGAAGAGGUCAUGAUGGAUUGGUAGGGACUACAGUAAAAGUGCGUCAGGGUGACUAUAAAGGCUACCGUGGGCGUGUUGUUGAGGUUAAGGGAACUAGUGUACGUGUGGAACUCGAGUCCCAAAUGAAAGUUGUUACAGUUGACCGGAAUUGUAUUUCUGACAACGUGGCUAUUACAACACCAUAUCGUGAUACAUCUAGCUACGGUAUGGGAAGUCAGACCCCAAUUCAUCCUUCUCGAACUCCACUCCAUCCAUAUAUGACUCCAAUGAGGGAUGCCGGAGCAACGCCUAUUCAUGAUGGCAUGAGGACUCCGAUGCGUGAUCGAGCAUGGAAUCCUUAUGCACCUAUGAGCCCGGCCAGGGAUAGCUGGGAGGAAGGAAACCCUGGUUCUUGGGGUUCUAGUCCACAGUAUCAGCCAGGAAGUCCUCCUUCACGGACAUAUGAAGCUCCAACCCCUGGUUCAGGUUGGGCCAACACUCCUGGUGGGAAUUAUAGCGAAGCUGGAACACCAAGGGACAGUACUGGUUAUGCAAAUGCUCCUAGCCCGUACUUGCCGUCAACUCCUGGUGGGCAGCCUAUGACACCAAACUCAGCAUCGUAUCUUCCUGGAACUCCAGGAGGUCAGCCAAUGACACCAGGGACUGGUCUAGAUAUGAUGUCUCCUGUUAUAGGUGGGGACAAUGAAGGACCGUGGUUCAUGCCAGACAUUUUGGUCAAUGUACGUAAUUCUGGAGAGGAAACUACUGGAGUUGUCAGAGAAGUGCUCCUGAAUGGGUCAUGUAGGGUAGCUCUUGGGUCGGGUGCCAGUGGUGAAACUGUAACGGUACUUCCAAAUGAAAUGGAGGUAGUCGAACCGAGGAAGAAUGAUAAGAUCAAAAUCAUGGGUGGCUCAUUACGUGGUGCCACCGGCAAGCUGAUUGGUGUGGAUGGCACAGAUGGAAUUGUCAAGGUUGAUGACACUCUUGAUGUUAAAAUAUUAGACUUGGCUAUUUUGUCUAAACUAGCUCAAUCAUAAUUUGGUGGGAACAAAUAAAGGUUCAGUGUAUAUUAUUGUUAUUUUUUGUUUUCGAGUAAUAUUAAUCUUUUGGCAAAGCGAUACCCA